GGAGGCGGGAUUCUCAGCCAAUGGGAAGCUGCAGCCUCAAGCGAGAGGGGCGGGGCUAGGUAGCAAGAGUGGAGCGCAAGCGUACCUCCAUGCUCAUUGUGUGCAUGUUUAAAAAGCAAUUACGAAGCAUCUUCAAAACUCGCUAGUUGAAUUCCACAUUUGGAAAGCCUUGUUUUCCCUACAGCAGCACUAAAGCACUAUCGUCAUCAUGACUGACAGGAAGGCCGUCAUCAAGAAUGCCGACAUGUCUGAGGACAUGCAGCAGGACGCCGUGGACUGUGCGACCCAGGCCAUGGAGAAGUACAACAUAGAGAAGGACAUUGCUGCCUACAUCAAGAAGGAAUUUGACAAGAAGUACAACCCCACCUGGCACUGCAUCGUCGGGAGAAACUUCGGCAGUUACGUGACCCACGAGACCAAGCAUUUCAUCUACUUCUACUUGGGCCAGGUGGCCAUCUUGCUCUUCAAGUCUGGCUGAGACCUUUCCCCGCGGACGUCCAUUUUUCUUUUUGUCUUUCCUUGUUUUGCUUCACGGGGAACGCGUCGGACAACGACAUAACAUCACGAUGCGAAACUGGCUCGUGCACAGUUGCAUGGACGGUACUUUUAAUUGUACUUUUGCGUAAGAUUACUUUUUUGUUGAUUGCCGUUUGAAUGCAAGUACGUAAUAGAGUUAAAAUACCGAUAAAGUAACGUCGUUGUCAACAACACAUUGUCAUAAGCGCUGAUUGGUUUGCUUCAGUUUGGAGUUGAGGUGUGACUGCAACCAUUUGGUAGAAGAUUCUUAAUUUAGAGUCUAAUAAGUUUGUGCGAUUUAAUUUCCCCCCCGCAAUGUGAAGUGAUGGUUCUUGAGCAUUUUUAUUAAAAAAGUGUCACUGUGAAAGUCGCUUGAAUCUUUAGUCGUCUGUCGGCUAGCUUGCCUUCACGCUUUCUGCACGUUAAAAUAAUUUUUAAAACGCAUGUCGUAUUUUUUUUUUUUUUGGUUUUUUUUAUGUUACGAAGCCAACUUGGCUUGUAAAAGACCUUUUUUUUUCUCGCUAAACUGUUUUCUUCGAAAGCUAGUAGCACAGUUAGCCGGGUAGUCGUGUCGUUUUAAAAGUGACGUCGCUCUCUUUUUUUUUUUUUUUUUUCUGACCGAAAAGAAGCAUUUUCAUUUUUUGAUAUAUUUCUUUUGGCGGCAAUGCGAACCCAGUUGCUAACAAAAUGUGUCGAUGCUAGCUUAGACUGUCAUAUUGUUUCAUUUUUGAAAGGGAAGUCUUCCUGUUCCGAAAAGAAGUCCGUAUUGUUGCUUUCUCUCGUACGUGUUGUUGUCGUCAAUCUUAGCGCUGUUCCGAUACUCUUACAAUUUGCACAAAUCCUGUGCCUGCCAUUGCUCUCAACAGUAUCGGGCUCGAAUACAAUUGCACAUCGUUAGAACUAGGCAGUAUCUUGCUAAAAAACCAAAAUAAUGGCAUAAAAAUAAUAAAGUAAUUGAUGACUUACUAAA